AUGCGAUCCCUUCGAUACAUUCCACUUGGUGCUUUUUUUGUUAGACCCGCAUUCGGAGGGACCCUGCAAGUCAUCAAUAAUAAUGGCCAAUGCAUGAUUUGGUCUAAAGAUAACUCUGGCUGCACUGGAUACUCCAAGCCCUUUGGGCUGCUGAAUGGCGAUGAUUGCUCAAAAGGCCUAUCUGCAAUUGUGAACGGCGCUCGAGAUACCUUUUCCCUUUUGAACGUUGAUAUUUGUGGCUCAGAGAAUGGUCCACCAGCUGCAUGGGUGCGUGUAGAAAAGACUGGUGUUCUGUCAAUCUUCAAUCAACAGGGUGACACCUCUACAUGUAUACUAGACAAUGGGUUCACAGUUGGUAGCUCUUGCAGCCCAAAAAAAGAGGGAUCAGCGUUAUCAUCAACUUCAACCUCUGCUUCGGCAACUGCCUGCGCCCUUGUUUCUGAUCCAGUUUGA